UCAUAUCUAUUUCAAGACAAACACCACCCCAUUCACAUCUCAUCUAGCUCCACAUUGAAAUCAGAAAUGAUAGAGGAAAGAAGAGGAGCUCCCUAUGGAAUACUACUCGCCGUCGUGGUGGUGGUGUUGAUCGGAAUCCCUAUGUUCCUAGGCGACGGAGGUGAAGCAGUGACGGAGUUCAUAGCAGAGCUUCUCAGCCCAUUAGGUCUCUUACUCCUUCCCAUCGUCCUCCUGUUACUCAUUCAAUAUCUCUCCUCCGAUUCUGGAUCUUUCGUCUCCAACAUCUUCUCCACCGGUGAACCUAACUCUAUCCACCGUGCCAGUGGAUCUCCGGUCGGCGUCGGACUUGUCCUUCUCCUCGUACUCUUCCUUCUUUACAACAAGUUCUCCAUCUUCGGCGGCGAUGAAGAUUCCGACGAGUAGCUCUUGUUUGCUACUCCUCAGUUUACUUGGAUCUCAUCAUUUUGUUGUUAUUUAGUUUACACGUAUAUGUAUAGAAGUAUAUUCACUAUAUUGUAUUUGUCAUUUUGCAUCUGUUUGACAGGAAUACCCAUGAUCUUUGGGGUGAUUUUCGGAUAUUUUGUAGAUGACGUUGGGGGUAAUAUAGUCAUUGUUGAUUUUCAAUUUUCA